AUGGCCAAGAUUGCUGUAUUUGUGCCUGUGUUGUUAUGCUUCUUAUUCGUAAAAAACAGUGAAGCCGUCCGAUGCUGGUCGUGUUCCUCGGACUUAGACCCGACGAAACCAGACUGCAAUGACCCGUUCCUGCCAGGGCAGUCUCUCAAUCCUGGCUACUUCCGGUUGGAGAACUGUGACGCGAAUGCGGGAGCCACUUACCCAUACCUCACGCAGUCUAAAACCGCAUGCAAAAAGCAGAAGAAAAUAAUAAACGGACAGCUUGUCAUCUCUCGUGGCUGCACAUGGAAGCGUCAAGAUGACUACUCCAGCACCUGCCCAGCGGCUUCCAACGGCCCUAACGAAGUCACGAUCUUCUGUGAGACCUGCGACUAUGACGGUUGUAACGGCGCGGGCGCAAUUGGCAAGACGCUCGCUCUACUCCUUGUCCCGUUGAGCUUAGCUCUGUUUAAGUAA